AUGGAUGGUGAAAAGGAAGGAGUUGCAGGGGAGGUGACUGGUGGCAAUGGGUGGAGUAUGGCUGCAUUUCCUUAUUUUGAUUUAAUCAUCAACUACAAAGGAAAAGUGGGAAGAGUGUUUGAUGUGGACCCAAAUAUGUAUUGCUACAUUGAUGCCUUGAAGAAUGUAACUGCAACAGUCCUGUCUCACAUUUCUUGUAGUGAAGCAAUAGCAAUCACAUUGCAUUGUGAUAUGCCUGGUACUGACACAAGGAGAUUAGUAGAAAAUGAUCUUGAUGUGCUAGACAUGUUUUAUGUGCAAGGUAUGAGUAAAAUAAUUAACUUGUAUGUAGACAUAGAAUAUUCUAUUGGAAUGAGUGAUGGUGGACAUAAAAGUAAUAUUGGAAAUGAAAAUCAUAGAGUAGAUGCUGUAGAUGUAGAGCAAGGCUACCAUACUGUAGAUGUAGAUGAAGAGUACCAUGAGGACAAUGUUUAUGGGUUUAGUGAUGAGGAUAGGGAUUGGAAUGCAACUGCUGAGGAUGAAAACCAAUCAAAUGGCAAUGAGAUUUUGAGUGAUGAUGAUAAUGAGUGCUCAAUGCCAUAUUCUACUACUGAUGAUGAUUAUGAUGAUGAAGCAGACUGUCUAGAUGAUGAAGAGAUGAGGUUUCCAGGCAUGAAGUAUGAUGGUACCUACAAUGGGAAAGAGCCAUAUAUGAAUCAAGAUGGAGAAGUUGUAUUGGAAGAAGGGAUGAUUUUUCCAGAAGUGAAUACUUUCAGGGCUACAUUAAAGGACUAUACAGUACAAACUGGUUUCAAGAUAGUAAGAGACAAAAAUGAGAAAUCUAGAGUAACAGCCCAUUGUGCUGCUGAGGGCUGCCCUUGGAGAAUUCAUGCAUCUCCACUUCCAGAUGGGAUCACCUACAAGAUUAAAACCUUAGUACCUACUCACACAUGUAGCAGGAUGAACACAAACACUGAAGCUACAUCAGCUUGGAUUGCUAAAAAAAUGGUUGAAAGUUUUAAGGACAAUCCACACAUGGGCUUAGAUACCAUGCAAAUGAAAUUGAAUAAAAUGUUUGGGAUUGAGGCUUCAAGAAUGCAACUGUAUAGAGCCAAAAGGAGGUGCAAGGAGGAGCUGGAGGGUGAUCAUGGGAGCCAAUAUGUGUUGUUGCCAACAUAUGGGUUCAUUAAUGGAUGUAGGCCAUUCAUAGGGGUAAAUGGUUGUCACUUGAAGGGUCCCUAUGGUGGUGUUUUAAUUUCAGUAGUUGCCUUAGAUGGAAAUAAUGGCUUGUUUCCAUUGGCAUUGGCAGUAGUAGAGGGUGAACGCAAGGACAGUUGGUCUUUUUUCUUGCACAACUUGAGAACAAUCAUAAAAGAUGCACUACCUUCUAGACCAUGGACCAUCACGUCUGAUCAACAAAAGGGCCUUGAUAAGAUUGUGAGUGACAUUAUACCAGAGGCAACUCAUAGAAGAUGUUGCAUGCACCUAUAUAACAAUUUUAGAGCCAAAUUUCCUGGCUUAAUUUUGAGGAAACAAUUUUGGAGAGCAACAAGGGCUUACAAUCAGAUGGAGUAUGAUCAAGCUAUGCAAGCCAUUAAGGACCUGAACAAUGAUGCUUUCAUUUGGUUGCAGAAGGUUCCAGUUGAAGAAAGGUCUAGGCAUGCAUUUGAUGGUAGGAUUAGAAGUGAUCACAUCACAAAUAACAUGAUAGAGUCCUUCAACAAUUGGUUAGGAAAUUUGAGAAGUCAGCCAAAUUUAACUAUGUUAGAGGGCAUAAGGUGCAAGUUGAUGGGUAAGUUUCAGAUGAGGUACCAAAAGGCAAUGCAAUGGAAAUCUAAUGUCACAUUGAAUGUAAAGAAACAGCUUGAGGUUACACUGAAAUGGUCAAGGACUUGCACAGUGGAGUAUGCAGGAGGCAAUGAGUAUGAGGUGAAGGAUAAUGAGGGGGUUAAUCACAUUGUCCAUAUUGGGGCAAUGACUUGUGUAUGUAGACAGUGGGAAAUAACUGGUCUUCCAUGCAAGCAUGUUGUGGCUGCAAUUUCUCACAGUAGGUUAAACAUAGAAGAUUUUGUCCACCCUUACUAUUCUAAGGCAACUUACUUGAGAGCCAAUGGUGGAAUGAUACAUCCCAUCUUACACCAUAGCAUGUGGACACUUAUACCUGGGGACCCUUUACAACCCCCACCACUAAAAAGAUUGCCAGGAAGGCCAAGGACUUCAAGAAAGAGGGCUGCUCAUGAGCCACCAGCUGGAACAAGUCAGACCAAAAGGUCUAGUACCUUGAGAUGCAAAUGGUGCAUGCAAUUUGGACACAAUAAGAGAACUUGCCAAAGAGGUCCAGUCAGGGGUGAAACAUCUGCUGCUGGUAGGGGCAGUGGCAAAACUGAUGGCACAUCUAGUGGUAUAAGCAGUGCCAAAACUGCUGGUAGGGGCAGUGACAGAUCUGUGAGUAGGGGUAGAGGUAGAGGCAAUUCAAGUGGGAGAGGUAGUUCAGCUAAGAGGGGCAAUGCAAGUGGUAGAGGCAAUUCAAGUGGGAGCGACAGUUCAGCUGGGAGGGGAAAUACAACUACAAGAGGAAGUUCAGCUGGAAAGGGAAGUUCAAGUGGGAGAGGCAAGGCAAGGCCAACCAUGCACAAGUGA